AUGAAGAUACAAAAACAGAGCAAGGUGGAAGCGCCGGCGCCGAUUGAGGAGAUCAUAAACAGGGUGCUGAGCGCUCCGGACCUGGCAGCGGGCCUCGCUGGCUUCACAUGGAGCUCCGACAAGGGCGACCUGCUGCACUGGUGCCGCCUCUUGGACGCCUUCGACGCGUUCCUGGAGCAGCAUGCCGCCUGCCGGCCCGACGUGCAGCUGGAAGCAGCGGCGCCGGCGGCGCCGUUCCCGUCGGCGGCGGUGCUGGCGGUGCUCGGCGCCACUGCCACCAUCUUUGAAAAUUGCAGCAGCAAUAAGCAGGUUUACGGCUCGUUCGACCACCUGACGUCGCUGCUGGCGGCGCCGGACCCCGAGGUGGUGGGCGCGGUGCUGGCGACGCUGACAGCGUUCCUCAAGAAGCCCCACCACUCGCUGAUGCGGUGGCAGGCGACUGGCCAGCUGACCGCGCAGCUGCUGCAGCUGUGCAGGGGCUGGGGCGGGAAGGAGGAGGGCCUAGACCUGGUGACGUGUGUCCAGGAUGAUGAGGAGCCAGUUCGCAAGGCGCUGGUCAAAGCGACCACCCUCACAUACGAGUUCCUGCCGCCGCCCGGCGCGCCGGGGGCGGCCGCGGCUGCGCCCGACGCGGCCGCCGCCGCGGAGACAGAGCCGGCGCCCGGGGCGGUCGCGCCGGCACCGGGUGGCGGGGCGGCUGAGGCGGCGUCUGCAGCGGCAGCGCCGGCGGCUGCGGCUGCCCCGGUGAAGAUCUCGCUGCCGUCGCUGCACAAGUACGCGGACGGGGAGGACGAGAUUAUGCGGCAGCUGAUCAGGCACUAUAACGUGCCCAAGGAGGCCAGGUUCGACCUGCUCAGCCGCGUCCGCGUGGCGCGCGCGUUCGGCAGCCUGGAGGGGCGGCGGCGGGCGGUGCGGCACCGGCUGCAGGCUCUGUGCCUGCUGCUGCACUCGGCGCCGCAGCAAGGUGACGACCUGGCGACUCUGUUUGUGGCGGACCCUGACCUGAUCACGGAGCUCGUGGCCCUCGUGCAGCGCGACGCGGGCGUGCCAGGGGAGCUGCGGGUGCAGGCGCUGCGGACCCUCACGGCGCAGCUCUCAGAGCGCUCGCGCCACGGCCAGGUCAUCUCAUCCAUCGCGGCAGGCGGCUCGUCCGGCCUGCUGUCGGUGCUCCUGCACAAGGCCGUCAGCACAGUGGUGGCGCAGGCCGCGGCGGACGGCCACGAAAUGGCCCGCCCAGGCGCCGCCGCCGCUGCGGAGGCGUCCGGCUCCGCGCCCGCCGCCCCGCCGCCGCCGCUGCCGCCCGACCCCGCCGGCCGCGCGCACGCCGCCGCGCUCGCCGACGCGCUGCUGGCGCUGGUGCAGUCCCUCGCGUCGAGCACCGCGGGCUGCACCGCGCUGGCGGACGCGGGGGUCGUGUCCAGCCUGAUGCCGCUGCUGCGGGACACGCACCCGGAGCACGUGGGGCUGGUGGUGGCGGCGGUGCGGAUCCUGGAGGCGCUGGUGGACUUCAGCCAGUCCGCGCUCACGCUGUUCAGGGACCUGGGUGGCCUGUCUGAGCUGAUCGCCCGCCUGGGGGUGGAGGUCGGCGUGCAGGCGCCAGAGCCCAGGCCGGAGGGCGCCGAGGGCGGCGGCGGCGGCGACGCGCCCGCUGCCGACGCGAGCAUGGAGCCGGCAACGGCGCCGACGGUGCAUGCGGCCCCGCCGGAGGCGGGCGCGGCGGCGGCGGCGGGGCCAGAUGCGGGCGCUCAGCCGGUGCAGCCGCUUCCGCGCCCGCAGCUGCCCCACGGCCGCCGCGUGCUGCUCAAGUUUCUGCUGCGGGGCGUCGCCCUCUCGUCAUAUGCCCCCGCCAGCUCAGCGGCCGCGACGCGCCCCGCGGAAGCCGACGCGCGGCUGCUCUACGCAUGCCUGUCCGCCAUGUAUGCGCGCGCGGAGGAGUUUGGCGGCGGCCUGUUUGCGCUCGCGGCGGGCGUGAUGACGGACCUCAUACACCAUGAGCCGCAGAGCUACAGGCAGCUGCAGGAGUCGGGGCUGACGGAGGCGUUCCUGGCGGCAGUCAAGACCAACCUGCUGCCCAGCGGCGAGGCUGUGUGCGCGGUGCCCAACGCGCUGGUGGCGCUCUGCCUCAACACCUUUGGCCUGCAGCGCGUCAGGGAGACGCAGGUGCUGCAGGUCCUGGUGCCUGUGUUCAGCAGCCGCCGCUACAUGCGCGCCGUCGCGGGGGACGCGCCGCGCGUGCUGGGGUCAGGCCUUGAGGAGCUGUUCCGGUGA